AUGCCGUCCAAGCGAAUGCAGUUGUCUGACAAGGCACAUCUACCAUUCCGCUCCAGCAAUAAACACCACCGUGAGAAUCUCUACGUCAAGCAGAAGAAAGCUCGUGGCGCUAUUGACAGGGCAGAGCGCUUCGCUCGCAAGAAAGAGGAGGCUAAGAACCCGAGACUGCGCGAGGAGCGUCUGGGGCGAAAUGUGCCACAGACUAUCGACAGCAAGCGGACGUACGACGAAGUUGCGGAGGAACCAGAGGAUGGAGGACUUGGGGUUGCAUAUCAUGUGGAAGGCGUGAAGAGACGGAAGCUGGCAGAGGAGCAAGAACUUCCAGAGGACGCUCCUGCCGCGACUGAAGGGCAAGAUAGCGACGAUGUCGACAGUAUGCUCGGGUCAGACAGUGCAGCGGACGAAGAUUCUGAAGGGCAUGAUGACGAUGCUGGCCUUCCAUCAAAGACAGAGAUCCAGUCAUCAAAGUCGGCGCUACCAAGAGCAGUCUCACCGACACGAUCAACCACCUCAACGAACCUGUCGCUUGCACCAGCGGCACUAGCCGCGAAGUUUCCAUCUCUGUUCAGCGUCUCGGACGAGGCCCCUUCAGAACCCAAGAUCCUCGUUACGACGUCCAUCAACUCAACUCUGCACGCAGAGGCACUCACAUUGACACGCUUGUUCCCGAAUUCGAAAUACAUUCGGCGAUCAUCACAUCGGUAUGGCUACAAGUUCUCGGUUCGAGAGAUUUCAGCGUUCGCCCAUAAUCAGGGCUACACUGCUGUCGUUGUCCUCGAAGAAGACCACAAACGGCCUUAUGGUCUCACAAUUGUCCAUCUACCAGUAGGACCUACCCUUCACUUCAGCAUCACAAACUGGUAUGAUGCGAGAUCAUUGCCGGGCCAUGGUCGAGCAACGAAUCACACACCAGAAUUGAUCCUUAACAACUUCAAUACUCCGCUGGGUCUAUUGACAGCGCAUGUCUUCCGGUCACUGUUCCCAGCUAAGCCGGAUCUUGAAGGUCGACAAGUCCUCACAUUCCACAAUCAGAGAGAUUUCAUUUUCAUGCGACGAUUCCGUUAUGUAUUGAGGGAGAAGCGUGAGACGGAAAAGGUGGUAGUGGGCGCGGACGGGAAGCCAAUGACCGGCGCCGAGGAGGUCAGAGCUGGUCUGCAGGAGCUUGGUCCGCGCUUGACGUUGAAGCUACGUAGGGUGGAUAAAGGCAUCCAGCGGAAGUCGGGUCAGGAGUGGGAAUGGAAAGGAAAGACCGACAGAGUCAGGACCAAGUUCCAGUUGUAG